AUGCUGCUGCUGACCGAAUCCAAAUCAAAGCGACAGUUGGCUCUUGAGAAAGAGUUGGCACAACUUACAGAUAUUAAUAAUACAGUGGCCACCUUAAUAUCUACUAUUCAAACUACAAAGUCAAACAUUCUGAAAACAAAUAACACUACUCAAAACACCGAUAAAUUAUUGGAUAAAUGGAUCAAGAUCCUCUCACAGACCCAUUUCACCCAAGAAAUCAUUCUGAAAACACACUGGUCGGGCACAUCGGGCGUAAGUGAUGAGGAAUUAGAAAUCAAAAUAGAGGAAGAGCGGGAAUUAGUCAAGAACUUGCAAGAGCUUGAAAAUGAAAACCAAGAAUUGGAAGAAAAGAUUCGUAGAAAGGAAGAACAAGAAUCUCUAGAUUUACAAAGAAAACGUGAAAUACUGAAUAAGAGACAUCGUGAAUUGGGCCUUAGAAACGUUUCCAGUGGUAGGACCAAGCUAACAACCAGGGAUCGUGGCUAUCGUUGA